AUGCGGUAUUUGCAUGACAGUGCGGCAAAACCUGUGAUCCAUAGGGACUUGAACAGUCACAACAUACUGAUCCAUCUUGAUGGUCGUGCGGUAGUUGCUGAUUUUGGUGAAAGUCGUUUCAUGUGCCAAACGGAAGAGGAGAAUAUGACAAAGCAGCCGGGGAAUCUCAGAUGGAUGGCUCCAGAGGUCUUCUCACAAUCUGGUCGUUACGAUCGGCGUGUUGAUGUAUUCAGUUUUGCCUUGGUAGUGUGGGAAGUUCAUUCUGGCGAGCUUCCUUUCUCACAUUUGAAACCAGCUGCUGCCGCUGCAGAAAUGGCAUACAAGCGAGGACGCCCACCACUUCCCGACCAACCAACCGCUCAAUUUCCUGCUCCGAUACUUGAACUACUUCCCAUGGCUUGGCAUCAGGAUCCGAUUGCAAGGCCAGAUUUUGCGCAGGUAUCGUAUACUGUCGUAUAA